UUUGUUACUACACUGUGGUAUAUGAGGACUUCAAUACAUGUCCAAACGUUUCAGCUUUGUUUGCUUUUUCGUCUUGCUUGAAUUUAGAUUUGUAGGUUAUUUAACAUUUUAUAGGUUAAUUACUUGGUUAUUGUAGAUUCAAAAUCUGUUGUUUGAAAGUUGUUGUCUAUUUGAGAGAUGAAAUAAUCCGAAGAUAUAUUGGUGUUCAGUUUAUAUAGCUACUGAACAAUAUUUAAAUAGAUGUCCUCACACAAAGCACGAUGUAGACUCUUAGGAAGUAAUAUUAGUUCAUAUCAGCAUAAAAAUCUACCAAAAAUAAACAAAACCUCAUCAUUAUACUGAGUAGCUCGUUUCAGACAUGUGUUACGUGAUAAUGUGUUCAUGACUUAUAAUUCACUUAGCUGUUUAAGGGGGAGCUGUAUGAAUUACUUUAUGUAGUCCUUGGUUGACUGUCAUACAGGUGCAUUAGACUAAAAUGUACAAUAUUUACGCUUAAAAGGCUGCUACGGUACGAGUAAUUAAUCGUUAAUCACAGCGCUUAGUAGAUAUAAAUAGUUAUAUUUCACCAUCGGUCAAGUCUUGUUUCCCUGCAGCACAGAAUUACCUUUUCAACCGCAGGAAUAUUCAGGCCAGCAGUCUUUCCCUUUAUUCUCAAUCAUUGGAUGACCCACAAACUGCUGAGAUGAACUGUAUCUUGUCUGAGCUCCGUCCUGAUUGGCGGAUUCAUCCGUCUGUCUCAGGGGAGGGUGGGCUUAAAGACGGUGGUGCUGGUUAAAGUAGAUUACCAGGGGGAGAGACGGGGGGAGAGUGUGUGCUGGCAUCCCACUCUGGUUACCACAGCGAUGGCUUCACGGUGCUGCAUCCUCCUCCUCUUCCUCUCUCUCCUUCUCCUCCAUCUCGGACCGUCCUCAUGCCUCGACCGGCCGGUUGCCGACAGUGCUGCUGUCUCUCCACAGCGUGGUGAAGGGACGGCACAUGCUGAUGGAGGGAAAUGGGCGGAGGAGCAAACGUUGAGACAACUGCAGUCGCCAGAUGUGUCCCAGAGGAAGCUACUUCAGACGUCGGGAGUCGCGGUUCCCUUCCCCCCCCUAAAGGUGUUGUCUGACGGGAAGCCGUGCGUCCUGUUCCAGGCCAGGAAGCUGUCUCUCCGCUAUGAGAAGCAGAAGCAGCUGGACCUGACGGAGAGAACCUUCUCUCCUCAGAAACCUGUGGACACCAGCCAGUCUGUCUGCAGCCGGGACAAGUCCACGCUGAUCAUGAGGUUUGGAGACGUGGAGGAUUUGAGAGCCCUGUCAAUCAGGCUGCGGCUGUCCAACACGUUCUACGAGUCCUCGGGUCAGUGGUGGUUCUCGGUGGACAGCGUGUCUCUGCGCUACAACACCUCAGAGGAGGCCGUGUUCAACGCCAGCGACGUGUACGCCCCCGCCUCCUCCUCCUACCACUGCCUGCACGUCAGCAGCCUGCAGCGCUACAGCGCCCUGCUGCUGCCCAGCAGCGAGCCCGCCCGCCGCUGGACCGUCACCUUCACCAACUUUCAGAUUCAGGCGUUCAACGUCACCGCCGGUAAGUUUUCCCCCGCGAGCGUCUGCGCCACCUUCAUGACGCCGGCCAUCCUGAUGGGCCUGGUCACUUCCCUCAUCCUGCUGCUGGUCCUGGCCUACGCCCUGCACAUGGUGGUGCACCUGAAACACAUCGAGCAUGAGGACGAACACAAGGCCGACGUCUACUACCCCCAGAGCCCCCAACAGCCCGAACACUGCUGUGUGGAAAACGGAGCGGAGAAGAACGUGCUGUAGAGCAGCCAGGAGCGCAAUGGAGAGAGAGAAAGAGACACAGCUGAUUGGAUGCUGUCAACUGACAUCAAACCUCUCGUGGGAUUAUACAGUUUAACCUCAGGAGUAGAUUUUUUUUAAAUACAUGUAUAUUUCUAGUGUUUUUUUUUAAAUAUCCUAUUAGUGAAAUUAUGCAUUUGUCUCAAUAACACAUUUUAUAAAAUAUAUAAAUAAAAAUGCACGUUUCUUUUGUUCUAUUUCCAUC